AAUGUUCCUUCCGCAUCGUGUUUCAUUAGAAAAAUGCUGUUAUUAUGCCAUUCCUAUACCAAUUUAUAGGCAUGAAAAUUAUAAAAUAUAAUCAAUUCGCCAAAUGUACUAUUACAAUGAUGAAGUCCUGGUUAGGUAUUUGGGAAUUGGCCUUUUACAUUCAAGUAGCGCGAUGUUCACUUGACAAAGCAGUGGAAUUCAAAGAAACCUCGAUCAAUGUUUUGGCACUUUAUCCAUGUGAUGAUGACAGCAUUUCAACCUAUCACGAAAUAGAGCUGAAACACAAUGGCGACAAAAAGUGGGCAUACAUGUUAGUCAAAUUGGAUGAGGACUUUAACGAUGGUUUUACGGUAAAAAUGGUUGCUGAUAAAUGGGAGAAUGGUGCUUGGGAGGAGAACAUCUAUAGCACAGGCGGACCAUUUUGUGAAAUGAUGAAGAAAUAUGCCAACAAGUUUUUCACAAAUUUCAGGACAACCAUGUCUCCACAACUACCCGAAGAGUGCAACUACAAGGCCGAUGAAUACACCUUGGAUAACUUUACCUGUAGUCCUGAGGACUUUGACGUUCCCUCCAUGUUGAUGGGAACAUUCAAGGUUCAUCUGUCAAUAUUCAAUCCAGAAGAAGAGAAUAUAGCAUGUUUUGUUGGUGAGCUUGAAGUAAGUGGUGGCUAGCUUAUUUCAGCUAUGGAAUGAUCUGAUUGUACUUACUUCUUUCUUGUACCAUCACCAAUAAAAACGGUUAUAUUUCA